AUGUUUGGAUGGUUCAUGGAGCCAUGCUUUAGUGGCAAAUACCCGGACAUUAUGAUAAAAAAUGUUACAGGUGGUCGUUUGCCUGAAUUCACACAAGAGCAAGCCAAUUUACUCAAGGGUUCUUACGAUUUUAUUGGGUUCAAUUACUAUUCUUCGUAUUACGCCACCACUUUAAAACCAAGUCAAGAGCCAUCCUACUUGACAGAUAGCCUUGUUGAUAAGCGGCCAGAGGGUCUUGAUGGGAAACUUAUUGGUCCAAAGGCAGCCGGUGACUGGUUGUAUUCCUAUCCACCUGGAUUUUACAAAGUGCUGAUGCACAUAAAACAUACUUAUGGAGAUCCAGUGAUUCUCAUAACAGAAAAUGGGUGGUCUGAAGAAAAUCACAACGAUAUUGAAAUUGAAGUAGCUUGUGCUGAUAUUAAACGUAUUGAUUAUCACCAUUCACAUCUUCAAUAUCUCCGAGAUGCAAUUAGGGAUGGCGUUAGAGUAGUGGGGUACUUUGCAUGGUCACUAAUGGAUAAUUUUGAGUGGAAAGAUGGAUAUUCUGUUCGGUUUGGUUUGUUUUAUGUAGAUUACAAUGAUGGAAAAUACACAAGGUACCCAAAGAACUCUGCAAUAUGGUUCAUGAAUUUUCUUGAAAACCACAAGAAAGUAUCUGAAAAGAAGAAGCUUCAUGAAGAAACAAUGGUACAGAGUCUUGUUUCAAAUACAAGGUUUCCGGUAAUUUCUUAUCUUCGGCGACUCUCCGGUCGUCUUCUCCGGCGAGCCUCCGGCAAAAAUGAGUUUUUCCGGCGGACUUUUCUCGACUGCCAUCCAAGCGGCAUCCACCGUCGGUGUUGCUGCUUAGCUUUCUCCACCCUCCCCUCUCUUCCUCCUGUCGAUUUGCUGCCAGAAAAAGGAAAAAGGGACGCAGGCAGCAAGUCACCUGCCACCUCCUCCUGCCAUCACCGGAACCCACCUGCCACCUCCCUUUUGCCGCCAGUUAACCACCAUUACCACCUCCUGCUGCUUGCUGCUGUUAUAAGUCAUGAAGCCGAGACCCAAUGA